UUAUCAAGUGACAAAGAGGACAAAAUAUCUAAAAUAAUUGAGAUAUCAAAUGACAAAGAAAACCAGACACCUGAAGACGAACGGACACCUGAAAUAAUUGUGUUAUUAAGUAUUUUAAGAGAGCAAACUCCUGAAACAGCUAUAAUGAAUAGUUUUUGA